AUGGUGACUGCCAAGGUGUGGGUUCUAAAGAAGCAUUUUGAGGGAUUUCCCAAAACCAGUGACUUCAACCUGAAAAAAAUAGAGCUACCAGACUUAAAGGAUGGAGAAUUACUGCUUGAAUCAGUGUUUCUCAGUGUUGAUCCUUACAUGAGACCCUACAGUCAAAGGGACAUGAAGGAAGGAGACAUAAUGAUAGGCACACAAGUUGCCAAGAUUGUAGAAAGCAAUAAUCCUGCUUUCAAAAUGGGGGCCUUUGUCGUGGCUGGAAGUGGCUGGAGAACUCAUUUCAUCUCUGAUGGGAAAGACCUGCAACUCCUCCCUUCCAGUUGGCCGGAAUCAAUCCCCAAAUCUCUGGCUCUUGGGACAGUUGGUAUGCCAGGCCUCACUGCACAUUUUGGUCUGCUGGAGGUCUGCAAGGUGAAGCCAGGAGAGACAGUGUUGGUUAAUGCUGCAGCUGGCGCUGUGAGCUCUGUGGUGGGCAGCUCGCUAAAAUUGGGGUGAGGUUGCAAAGUGGUUGGCUGUGCUGGCUCAGAUGACAAGGUUGCCUAUCUGAAAGACAUAGGCUUUGAUGAAGCCUUUAAUUACAAGACUGUUAGAUCUUUGGAUGAAGCAUUGCAUAAAGCCUCUUCUGAUGGCUACGACUGUUUCUUUGACAACGUAGGUGGAGAAUUUUCCAGUAUUGCUAUCAAUCAGAUGAAGAAAUACGGAAGGAUUGCAGUCUGUGGAGCCAUCUCUCUGUACAAUGACACUGUGCCUCAGAAAGGGCCUUACCCACAGGUUCCAAUGAUCUUCAAAGAGCUUCAAAUGGAAGGGUUUAUUGUGUCCCGCUGGAAUAACCGCUGGGAGGAAGGUCUGAAGGCAUUGCUAAAAUGGGUUGUGGAAGGAAAAGUGAAGUGCCAUGAAAAAGUCACUGAAGGAUUUGAGAACAUGCCAGCAGCUUUUAUUGGAAUGUUAAAGGGAGAUAAUAUUGGAAAAGCUGUUGUAAAAGUCUGAAGGUCACGUAUUCCUGGGAGACUGGGUCAGGAGAAUGUGAUUAUGUUA